AUGCCGCGAAGCGCCAGCCCUCAUGUGACCACAACUGCCACACAACGAGCACUUGGAAUCGCUGAGAUCGUGGGCCAUAUCAUAUCGUUUUUGCCGCAAGAGAGCUAUGAUCCCGAACCAGACUUGAUCUCCGCCGCUCUAGUGAGCAAAUUUUGGCUCGCCGAGGCACUGCCUGUGAUAUGGAAGAAUGUCUACGCCUGCACACUCCAGGAUGUCUUUUCGAACCUGAAUCCCAACCGUCGAUAG